AUGGCAGGCAAAAGGAUCGUGUUUUUGAUGGUGCUUUGUUGGCUACUAUUUAGCUCACACGUUUUGUCUAAGUUGGUCGUUUAUAUGAAAAAGGCAGAUAUUACCCAAAAUAUCAAAACGGUUAAUACAUCUGUCACAUUUCGGAAGUGUGGUUCGUCGACUAUAAAGAAUACUGUUGAUUUCCGUAUUGAAGCGAUCGAACCAAUUCCAGAUGUAAUGGUAAGGGUAGUAUACUACGUACCCAACCUAGUUGGCAAGCAUGAACAAGCGUUCUACAAUCGGACAAUAAACUUUUGCACCUACUUACGGAAGCCCUUUACCGAUCGGGUACUGAAGAUCAUCUACGAACAUUUAGAUCAGCGUGGAAAUCUGCCCAAGCGUUGCCCGAUAGCUCCGGGAACGUACACCUUCAAAACGUGCUUUGACGGUAUCCAGGUGCCGAGCUUUUUCCCCGAAAGUAGCUUUCGCAUCGACGUAUACUUCCGUCGACCUAACAGUGCACCGUUCUUUCAGAGCAGUUGGUUUGGCGAGAUGCGCAAAGAAUCCUGAAUAUAGAUGCAUGACAAGGGGGUCGCCCUCAAUUUAUUCUACGCCAGCAGUGCGCCCUCUAUUGCAAUCUGAUGGCACUAUAUGAAUAAAGCUACUAUCGUGUUAA